GUCCCCACUGCGCGUGGGUCAUCCUAACCGGCAGCUCGCGCGUGCUCGUCGCGCUUUUACCAGUAGAGGCGACGUCGCGAGAUCAGUGUCAGUCAAGCACCGGAGUUGCUGCAACUGUGUUCCUCCUCGUCCGAAACAUUUCUCAGCCAUGAAAACUCUACAUUUCAAGGAUUUCUUCUGGAACUCAGAGCUGACCUGCACUGGUGGCUAUGAUGCCAUCAUCCAGUACCUGAAUGAUGGCAAGAGGUCAUGCAAGGAGGUGGAGGAUUUCAUGAAAGCCAGGGCAUCAAUUGAAGAGAAGUACGCCAAAGAACUCCUGGGUUUGUCUAAGAAGGUGUGUGGACACAAUGAGAUGAACACAUUAAAAAGAUCUCUGGAUGUGCUCAAAUUACAGACUGAACAUGUAAGUCUAUCACAUUUACAACUGGCUCAGAGCAUGAGAGAGGAGGCGAAGAAGCUGGAAGAUUUUAGAGAGAAACAAAAAGAAGCAAGGAAAAAGAUUGAACAACAGAUGGAUAUGCUGCAUAAACAGAGGUCAUCACAGUUCAAAAAAACAAUGGAUUCGAAGAAGGCGUAUGAACAGAAGUGCAGAGAUAAAGAAGAAGCUGAACAGAACGUGAACCGAAACACCAACACAGGCACCAACAACACAAAGCAAAUGGAGAAGCUCACCACAAAAGCACAACAGGCAAAACACAAUGCAGAGGAAGCGGACCGGAUAUACCAACAGAACGUGAACUCGCUGGCAAAGAUCAGAGAAGACUGGUUAAGGGAAUUCGUCAAGGCCUGUGAAAUAUUUGAAAAACAGUCAAUGGAGCGAAUCAACUUUCUGAGAAACACAGUUUGGACUCACCUCAACCAGCUGUCGCUGCAGUGUGUGACCAGUGAUGAGCUGUAUGAGGAAGUGAGAAAGUCAUUGGAGCAGUGUGAUGUGCAGGAAGACAUUGAACACUUUGUAAGCCUCCGACAGACUGGAGACAAACCACCAGCUCAGAUUAUGUAUGAUAACUUCUACUGUGGCCAGAAAUCUCAAAUCGGAGUGUCACACUCUCGACUAGGACCAGCGAUAUUCAGAAGGGGGCCAUUACCAGAUCCAACACGCAGCGAUGAUGCCACGUACUCCACAGUGGAGGAUUCUGAGUACAGCGUAAUCCAAUACUGACACACGGCUCGGCUGGAGGAGUUAAUGUACGUCCUGCGUUGUGCUGGAGCUUUGCAAUGUCUUCUUACAUCCUCAUUCAUGUUUCCCUGUAGAGGCGAGGCCCUAAAACUCUGUGUCAUUACAGUGUAGUUACACUCACACUGAAACUAAGACUGCUCUUCUAACGUUAGUGUCAUAACAAGAGCAAUUUUUUAGUUUCACACAAACGUUAGAAAACCUGUAUAUUUUGCAAAUUUUCUACUUGGUACCUAUUUUAUUGUACUAUGCCUAUUUUGGUCCAAAAUUCUCCUCCCACUGGGGCAAUUUAAUUCAUCUGAGGGAGGUGUAAAUCAUAGAUUUGGAGAAAGGUAUUUUAGGCAUUGUAUUUUAAGGUCGUGUUUACUUUUUAAACUAUGACUGUCUAAAAUUAGGACUUUGCCCUAUAUUUUGAUAGAUUUACAUUUAAGCUUAGGGAAUAAAUGAAAUCAAAUACAUCAUGGGUAACUUAAAAGUAAUUUUUAGAUACAGAACUUAUAUAUUAGAUUCGCUGUUUCAUGGCUGUUUCAUGGCUGUUUCAUGGUGGUUUUAUAAUGCAAUUCUGUGAAUUUAUAAUAGUAUUAUACUUUUAAUUUUAGAAGUUAACAAAACAAGACAUCUUUAUACUUGUUUUCAUUUCCUCUUCGAUCUGGAAGUAGCAUGUCAGCUGACUGCAGUCCAGUGGUUAGUGGUUGUCUUAAAAUCGACUUUUGACAAUUGAAACAUAUUUUGCACCUUAGAUUUGUUCGGUUUAUGUUAAACAUCAUUUGUAAAAAAACUAAAGCUGAGCUGGUGGCAACAGUUUUAUACUCCAUACUUACUUACACUUGAUCUUCAAGGCUUUUAUUACCUUCGUGACUCAUCAGGCAGAAAUUAUACUUCUUUUACCGUCAACUGUUUACCAUUUUUAACACAGUUUGUUUGUGGUCUGUCAUCAACCCUCAUAUUUAAUAGUAAAGACAGCAUCACCAUUUAUGUCCACCAACCAUGAAUCACACCGCUUAAAUUAAAACCCAGUGGAGCUUUACUUGACUACUUUUGGCAUCAUCGUUAUCUCAUUAAUUUGUUGUUAGCUUCUGUGUGAUUACGAGCCAUCAGUUCAUCUCUAGGAUGUCUCCAGAGGGCUUGAAAUGGGAAGCACAGCAGGAUUACAGGACACAGAGGCCUGUCGAUAGCAUGGGGAAAAUCCCUAGUAUCAAGGCUCUUGUGAGGAAAAUCUUCUGGUGACCGUUAAUCAAACAGCAUGCUCAGAUUUGAUCAGAUCCAGAAUCAUCUGGAUGGUCCUCUCACCUAAAUAAAAAAAAGACACAAUUAGACGAAACAAUUAACAACAAUAAAAUUAAAUAUUUUAGAGGAUAAUAAAAAAUCUCAAGACUCAUAACUAAAUAAAGCCAGUCUCUUUGAACAUAAUGUUGACCCUAAUUUACCUUCCAGGUUCAUUUUAGGAUUUUCCAGCUUCUUUUGAAGCAAAGAGUCAAUCACCUUCCUCAGGUGUUUAAAGAUCACACCGAUCCGUACGGGAGCCUGUAAAAGGUGCAUGUAAAGCUGAAUAAGCUGGGGUUUUCUCCAUUAAAAACGUUUGAUUGCUUUGAAAACCUACA